CGAAGAAAUCUUGUUUUCAAGAUGGCGAUUCCCUGGAGAGGAAUGAGAGUUCGCUUCAUGUACAUUGCGAGAGAUACCAGUGGAAAAUGAUUUCCUGACCUCAUGUAGGGAAUCGAAUGAAUGAAGACUAUUUCAAGAGAUCAUGGAUUUAAAACCAAAGGUCACCUGUAAGUACAAAAUGAUGUCACUAGUUUAGACUUGCUUCAGUAGACUUAGACUUGGAAUACUUUAAAUAAGCUUAAGUUAAUUAAAAUCUAACAAAUUUUGUUGGAUUAGUGAUUUAAGAAAUAUAGGCGUAUCACAAAUAUCACCUAGUGGCCCAAUAAAAUUAAGUAUGGUUUGAUUUUCCUGUAAAUAUCUUGCAUCGUAGAGAAAACCAUCUAGUCAGUCCAUUUCAGCUUCCUUUUACUAGCUUAAGUACUUUUGUAUGCUACAGCCAGUUGCAAAAAAUAUUGGGUCACUAUACCUUAUUUUGGCUUAACUGACCAGCUUAUAAUCUUGUUUUGUUUCGUGGUGAUUAUGAUUGGCAACCAACUUUCUCUGAAUGUUUUGUUAUUUUUGUGCAAUACAAUUGGUCAACUUUGUCAAGGUGGACUUGGUUACAGUAGUUGCACUGUAACACUGUCACAAAUCAACUUUGCUUUUUUUUGCUCUAGAGGUAUUAGGACAGUUUUUUUGCGAGAAGCUUGUAAAUAUAUAUAUUUUUUGCUUGAAUAAUACAGUAUUGCUUGUUACUAUAGAUCUUUUUACUACAGGUGAAGAUCUCUUUGUCAACUAUGCGAUGAAUAUUUGUAGGUUUUGGUGAUAAGGAUGUUUAUAGCAAACUUAACCCAGAAUUGGAGAAGAGGCUUCCCAGAGAAUACACAGAGUGGAGAAGGUUGGUCUUGUCUCUUACAGUAAAAACAGGUCAAUUGUAUAUUUACGUUGUAGGUAAAAUCCAUUCCUGUUCAAGGCUGUGCUCGAAGGAACAUUUUAGGGAUCUACAUGUACACUGUAGGAAGAGCUUUGAAUCUGUGAAAUCCAGGGUACCCAGCAUAGGAUUUCUAUGAAAAACUAAGAUUUUGUUAAUUGGGAGCAAAAGUUAGGUGCCAUGGGCCACAGGCGGGCACUGCUAGAGUACAGCCUUGUAGUUUGAUAAUUUUCUUUGUUUUCUUACCCUAGCUAUUCGUAGGAGACAUAAGAAAAUUGUGGUUCAUCGAAAGAACUGAUUCUGCCCACCUAUCCCCAUGUUUCUGUUAAUGAAUUUAUUGUUUAUAAGUAUUGGAUUUGUUAGUGUUGCCAAUAUCAGAUUCAUUAUUAUUUUCUGCAUUCUUGCAUGUGUAAUGAGCAGUGAAUUCAUACACCAGGUAUUUAAAAAUUCUGCAAGCUCAGUUUUCUUCCAAAAAAUUAAGUAGAUGGAGAUCUGAAUUUUCUCUAAUGCAACACAUGAAAGGUUUCUAAUCCUUCUUAAAAUAGACACUUACAGGAACAAUAUUAAAUUUAGAGUUGGUUCCUACCUAUUAACCGACUUGACUUUCAUCUGAUGCAGCAAAACCAACCUUCACUUGCGUACACUUCUUUGCUUGUUUUUGCAAUUUUUAUUUUGGCUAGUGGAAAGGGAAUUAAUUGGUCUGACCUGUAGACCAGUCAAAGUGGGCCACCUUCAAAGGUGGUCCCAAAUAUUCUGGUUGAAACCAAACUGAAAUGGUCCAUAAAUUUCUGGAAUUUUGGGCUGAAUGGAAGGUGCUCCAUGUGUCUCCUUGCAAGAGUUUUCCACUUAUGGGGGUUAAUCCUUCAGGAUUUGGCGGUAAAAUUGCUGGAACUACGGUGUGGUGUUAUGUUAUCUGUAAACACAAAUUUGUAAGUGAGGAAAUUAUUUCAGUUAUUGCCAACCCCAAUGAUAUUUGGAUCAGAUUUGUUUCUUUAUAGAGUUGUUAGCAGUUGACUUUUUUCUGCCACAGAUCCUAUGGAAGACCUCCCAAGACUGUCAAGCUAAAGGCAAACUUUGUGCGGUUAUCACAGGAUAUGCUAGUUGAUGUUAGCAGUAUAGAAACAUACCAAUCUGCCUCAAAUCUUCACAAACAGCCAUUCUUUCAUAUUUACUGGACAGACUGUCAGGUAAGGGCAACUAAGUAAUGUUCUAUAUUUUUUAUGGUCCAUGCUGUUAGAGCAUGACUCUAAUGAGGGAACUUUGAAUAAACGGAAAUAGUAACAGUAACAGUCACGUGUGAUAAGUAUCUCACUUAACUAACCGCCUUUCUCACCCACCCUGAAACUUUCUUAGACAAAGUUGGACCCUCUCAAAAACAACUACCUCUUGUAAGAGACCAAAUUCACUUUUUUCCAUUGUUUUUAGCCUCCUAGGUAAGUGAACACUUGACACUUGGUGUGAACUCUCUUUGCAUGUUUGGUUAUCUCACUGUAAUUAACAACUCACCAUAUGAUAAAUUAACAAUUAUUCCACGAGUGGCUGCUGGAUAUGAGAUGAUAGAUAGCCAACGAGGCGCAUAGAGGUGAGUUGGAUAUAAUCAUCUGAUAUCCAACAAGCGAGAGUGGAAUAAUUGUUUAAUUAAAAACGCGCAUGUAUGUUCAUGUGUUUUUUGAUAAACUUUCAAAAAAACUUUUGUGGCUUCUUUGUUUGUUUGUUUUUUUUUCCCCAAUGAAAUUGCAUAUUUUUCUAGUAUUCUAAGAAUAAAAACAAUUUUCUUUGGGUGCCAUUCUAUCCUUCGCAAAAAAAAAUCUCCGCUAGCUUCUAACUUUGAACUGAGGCGUACACUGACCAUACAUGGAGAGUAUGGUACUAGUAUAAUGGCUUAUAUACCAUUAUGGCUUACCAAUCAAAACUCUAGAAUUGCAUUAUCCAGUUAUUCAGUUUUUAAUAAUGAUAAUGAUACAAUAACUUUUUUGUAAAUGAUAUGUGGUAAUAAUAAUGAAAGCGUUCUAAAUGGUUGUGUUGUUGGGUUUUUUCUGUGUUUUGCUUAAGAUACCCUAAAAUGACCAUGCUACCACUGUGAUGGUAAAAAUCAGGGCCUGCACCAAAUUCUUAUUGUAUCCCUUUUGGAAUUUACAAUAAAUGAUAUAGGAUCCCGAUGAGUUCAAGAGUUCAGUGAAAGAUGGAAUUACAGAUUGGUUGAGAAAGCUAAGAGACAGGAAUAUUGUGGACUGGAUGAUUAUUCAUGUCAUAUCUCAGGAUUCUUUCAAGGGAAGUAAGCCAAAGAUUCAGCUUCCUCGCAGCACAGUAUUUGACAAGAUUAAAAGUGACUUUGGUAGCAAGAAUAGUGAUAGGUAAAACCAGAACCUAGCUAGUAUCUCAUAGUAGCUAAAAUGCGAUAUUCUUUUGGGCAAAAGGUACUUUAAUCCAUUUGCCUCUAACGUGCCCAUACACUGUAACUGCCUUUGCGGAUCCAGCACCCGUCCACCACUUGUUGCAUCAUCAGUGAAACAGUGUGCAAAGAAAGUAGCAUCCAAUAGCCCAGGGCUAGUGGAUUUUGCUAUCGGGCUAGUGAAUUCUGUUUUUAACUUGCCUGAUGGGCAAGUGAUGUUUUUUGAGCAAAAUUGAAUCAAGGAAGAACUGUGAAAUUAAUUGUGCUCGUCAAAAAGCUUUUGGGGCUAGUUAAAAUGAUGUCUGGGCUAGUAAAUGAUAGCUUCAGCUUGCCAGAUUGGCAAGCUGUAAAAAUGAUUUUCUUUGCACCCUGUGAAACAUGAAUUUCUUCAGAAUUGCUGUUUUAACUUUGCAUGUUUUUUUUGCCUUUUUCUCUGGCCACCCUGACUGAGUUGUGCUCAUUCUGAUAUGGUUCGAAAGAUCUCUUCCCUCUUCACAAGUUAAAUGACAAAGUUUUCCUUGUCACAGUUAAAACUGAACAUGUCCCAAGCAGUACAAGAGAUCUGUAUGGGUGUGGAUUAUGGGUUGUUCAUUGGUGAAUGAGUUAAAGCCCUUCUUCCAUACAAUUUAAGUAAAAUGAAUGGUAAAAAUAGAGAAAUUCCAAGGCUUAGAGGAAAUCUACCAUUAUUAAUAGUACAAUGUUUAAUACAUGUAUAUUAAUUUUUACCUGCACACUAAUUUAUGCUCACCAGCCAUAUAUAAAUGGUUGCCACUGCCCUGUUAACUCAGCUGGGAGAACACUGAUCUGCCCAGCAGUGGAAUGCAGGUUCAAACCAUGGUCGAACCAACAGCCAGGGCCAUAAAAAAGUGGUAAAAUCAUGCUGAAAAAUUUAAUUUUUCAAUCAGAUUUUACCAUUAUCCAAUGUAUACAGUCCUGCCUAACUUUCCAAUGUUUCCUAGCCAAGCACAGUGCAGUUUUAAAGGAACAAUUAGCAGUUUUUCUGAAGUAACUUAGGGCCAGAUGCAAGCAACCAGUUCAACUAAAUAGCUGGUUCUGGUACUUAUGAAUUACUUACUGUGCCUUCAUUCCUUUAUCAUAAAUAUAUUUCUUUUCAUUUCAGAAUUAUCCAGCUAUGGGAACCCUUCAAAGAGAAUCAGUUAACUCGCUCUGUUGAAUCCUGGCAGAACUUGGUCACCAAGCUGCGCCAGUUGCUGUUGGUUUCUUUCAAUCGUCACUUGGGCAAGUUUGAGGACCAAGUCAGAGCUUUGAGGGAGAAAAGAACAGAACCACGCUGGAGUUUCACAACAUAUUUUUCACUGCAUGUAAGUUAGUAUAUAAUCUUGUCUGAUAAAGUAAUGCAUGUAACCCAAGAGGCACCCUUUUGUUAGCAGUUCUUUUUCUAUCUGGCCUGUGCAUGCCGUGCUGACUGAAAGUGACAGCUAAAGCUAUGGUCGCGGAAAACUGGAGAUGGUCAUGGAAAAAGUCAUGAAAGGUCGUAGAAUUUGAAGAGCUCAAGAACCCCUUAUAAUAACCCAUGUCUUGCUCUGCUGAUGGUCCUUGUGUGUUUUUUUAAAUGGGUCUCUCAGGAGUGCAAGUGGUUACAGUUUGCUCAGAGUAAUGACUUACCUUACCUCUGAAUUCAAUGAUGCGUGUUUGUGGAUUAAAAGUAAAGACCUGCAUAGUUUGAUGUUAAAAAAAGGAAACAAGAACAUGUUAUUGUACACAAUCAUUGUAGUAUUUAUUAUGUCAGUGGAUUUUUGUUAAUGUUUUCCAGCCUAACAUUGUAAGAUAAAAAGGAACAUCCAUUUUGUCGUUUGUUUUCAGGAAGAACUUGCAUUUGUGUUUGAGAUGCUGGGACUUUUUGAAGAAGCACUUAUCCAGUAUGAUGAGAUUGAUGCUCUGCUAACUCAACUUGUCAUCAACUCAAACUUUGGAGGUAAGCACUGUUUUGCAUGUAUGUAGUGUGUGAGUAGUUGUUUGUUUAGCUCUAGCCAGUCAGUCCUUAACCUGUCACUGACCUGUGAUCAGGGAUUGAUCUCUAGCUGGUAGUCAUUAACCUGUGAUCAGGUGUUCUUUGUUUCUGGGAGAGUACAAAAAACAAAGGGUAACGGGGUGCCUGAUCAGAGCAGGUUAGCCAGCCCUGUCAUGGAACCAAAAAUGUCAUUGGUUCAUAACAGGACUUUUUUGAGGUAUAACAUUUUGGGCUCAUUUGCACCUCUCCAUCACUGUUAUACCUGCAUGGGUGCCCUGGCCCCUUUGGGUCACAAUACAUGUAGUAUAAAGUCUGCUCUCUCUUAACAUGCACCUCUAUAAAAUGGACACCUAGAGUUGGUCCCUGCCUCUAUUUACUCCUUUUAUUUUUAUAGUUGACUGUCUGUAAGGUGUAGACUUCUCUAAGAUGGACAUGUAGAGUUGAUCGCUGCCUUUGUUUACUCCUUUUAUUGGACCCUCUCUAAAGAUGAACACAUAACGCCGGUUCCAAAAGUAUCUGCUUUUGGAAGUCAACAUUUUGUGAAAAAUUUUUUUGUCAUUAGAUUCCCACAAACACACUCUUUUUUUGUGAGCUCAGUAUUUGCCCACUUUUGAGAAAGCAGCAAGGUCUAUUCAGGUCUGCUGAAAAAGGGGGAAGCUUACCACGAAUUAUAAUGAAAUAUAAUUUUACCACAUCUUUUUAGAACCCUUAGACUGCAUCGAUGUCUUCAUGCGGGACUGCAAAUGCUGUGAUGGAGUUUCAUUAGACAAAGGUCCCCAGGAGUUUUUAGGCGGGCUGAUUAAGACCCAGGAAGCAAGCUAUAUUGACCUUAGAAAUUACCUUUUUUCCCGGCAAUGCAACUUGCUCCUGAAACUGAACCGACCUUCUCCAUGGGAAGUUGCUCAGCGAACACUAGAUUUCCUUCACAAUCUAAUUCAUGAACUGUCCAUGGAUACACUGAAGGUUUGUAUGAGAUGCCGUCUCUCCCCCACAGUGGCUCACAUUGGGUAUUUUAUCAAAACAAAAUACAGGAAGCGUGCAGUGGACAAAGAGAAGAGGGAAAAGGCAGGAUCCUUGAGGCCUCUCUCCUUCCUUUCCCCUUCCCAUGGUCCCUUGUGCACUUUCUUUUUUUCUCUCCCCAGCCUCCCUGGGACACAGAGAGACCUCUUAGGAGGAGAGAGUGACAAACCCAGCUGCUUUGUUUUUGAGAUGUUGCUAUGUUUACAUGUGGUGGUGUUGUGUUUAAAAUGUUGUCACAUGUAUAAUUGUUUGCUAUACCUUGGUAUGUUUUUCUUGUCACUGGUGAAAAUUUUAGAAACUUGACUGUAAACUUCCAAUGGCCUUUUUAUCAUUCAAGCUUCAUUGCCAUUAGAAUUUUCCGUUUUUCCUAUCUUUUGACAUGGACCAUUGAAAAUCUAUCAACAGCUCUUGAAAAAUGCGUCAAAAGACUUAAAACCAGUGAAGCUGGCCAUUUGGAGAGUAAGAGUGAAAACUAACAAAGUAAUUAAAAAAAAAAAUGAAAAAUUUAACUUGGGGUACACAAACCCUGCCACCUUUCAAUAGUCUAAAAUUAUUUUGCAGAAUUGAAUUAAAUUGAGGCCGCUUCAAUACCAAUGCGUUUUUCUUUUGAAAACGCAUACAUCUCGAUGCGUUUAGGCCUUCCGUCCACACUAAUACGCUGAGCGUUUUCAUCACAAAUGCAUCGAUUUGAAAACGCUCGCAUUUUCAUCACAAACGCAUCGAUUUGAAAACGCUCUUGAAAGUGGAUCAAAACGAAAAAAAUGAAGAAGCCAGAUUGGUACCGGAAAGAAUUCAACAUAGACCUGUAAAACCUUGAUUGUUUAGAUACUUAGGGUCUCGUCGAUGCGCAUGCGUUCUCAUUAAUUAACAUUUUUAAAUAUAUGGUUCUAUUUCGUCCCACAUGGCUGGCCGCCUCACAUUGAACAAGCUCUCUUUCUGGCACCUCAUUGUCAACUCUGGUUUUCCUUCAAACACGCAUAAAUCUUUCGCCUUUUACUAAAGAUUUCCGUGGAGGAGAACAAUUGAAUGAGUCUAUAGACUAAUUUUUGGUUGCCCUGCCUUGAGGCGGGGCCCACAAUAAACCAAUGAGACACUUUUUCACUACUGUCCUCAGUGGAGCGACAGACAUUGUGCUCGAGACCAAUCAAAAUAGUUCGAUUCUUUGAUUACAGGGGAUCAAGCCCUAACGCCGAAGUUUUUAUGCGACAACCCUAGACUACGAGUAGUCCCCCAUUUUUCCUCAGGGAUAGUAGAGCGAGCGAAACGCGAACGCGCGUGAAAAUCACCCCACGGGUCGCCUUUUCUUGCGUGGGGUGAUAAGACGCGUCUUAGCUAAGACGAGAAAAACUUCGCAUAAAUGACCUUCGCGUCCUAUGUAAGACGCGAACGCAUAGUGCGCAUGCGUUAUUUUUUGGCGCGCCACGUUGGAUUGCCGUUGCUACGGGCAACAUUCACAUGAAAACGAGUCAAGAACAGAAAUAAGACGCGAACCAUUUAUAUGAGCUGUUCUCGUCUUAGAUAAGACAUGCUCCUAUAAAUGGUACAGUUCGCGUCUUAUUUAAGACGCGUCUUAUGUAAGACGCGUCUUAUUUUUCCUCGUAUAAAUGGCCCUAUUGUAAAGAUCGUCUCCGGGACGAAGGUCAACCUUCUCAUGAGACGAACUCAAUAAAUAGAUUAAAAUUUUUUUUGUGAUAAAAUGUGAUAAUUUGUAUGGAAAAUUUAAAUGUACUCGCAUUAUAAAAACAUUUUUUACUGAUCAUUCCCUGCCAACUUGUACGUGUUAUUGCCAGUCCUUCCGAGUCAGCCUACCGAUGCCGAAACAUGAGCAAUCGUUUUUAGUCGUCGGUUUUGUAAAACGAAAGUACCUUGUGCAGUAUCACGAAGCAUGCAGUCAUGCGUUUGUAUCAUCCGGGUUUCCGUGUUAUGUGGUUCAUUCAAUAGAAAAUAUUUUGAGUUUUUCGUCGGGCAAACUGGAAAACCGUCCGUUUAAAAUGGGUUCCCGCAAAGCGGGCUUCCACUGUACGACUGUAAAAUGUUUCGCGCCAGAUAUCUUGGUUUUGAAUUCAGGUGAUGUUCGAUGCUGAGUCAGGGGGAGGGAGGGGGUAAUGUUCGGCGUUUGACUCAACUCAAUUAAGGUCGACUCAAAUGACAAUUUGACACAAUUUGGUUCGUCUCAUUCAGGGAAAGUUCGAACUCUGGCCUAUAUCUCUUAAGGGACUCUCCUACAAGACCGACAGUUCCCCAAAACAGACAAAUAGAGUUGGUAUCUGGCUUAGGCAAUUUCUUUCCAACAACAUGAUUAUACCAGGUUGAUUUAUAUUGCUUUAGAUCUCCAUGCCUACUGGUGGAGCAUCCUGCUCUGUCAUCCUAACAUGCCUGGAGGUGCUGCAAGCGUGUGAAAAACAAAACAGUGAAAAUGGCAUCGCCUACAGUCUGCACUUUGCUCUUCUUUACCAGUAUGCGCGGCAAAAGGUAUGAAGAUCAUUAGUGUACUCAUAGUAAGUAGAGCAGACUGGUUAGGAAAGCCGGCAAACAUCAAAGCUGAAAACAAUGGUGCUGUAGUUUAUGUUGGAAGCUCCCUGACCGUACAUAAUCCUUUGCUUUUUUUUCACAAAUUGUGACUGAAUAAAUUAAUGCGACGUUUCUAUUGGUCUGUAAGUUCAAAAUGAUAGGAAUGCUAUUGAACGUUGUGCACGGUCAGGUCCAAAAAAGCUAACAAAACCUAUAACAAAGAAGUAUAAUUGGUUUCAUAACGAUUCUGUAAAUCUCUGGUUUCUCCUCACAGUAGACGACAUUUUUCUACACUUUACGCCCCGGUUCUUGGAAAGCCGAUUAGUUCUAAUCCAGGAUUAAAUAUCGCUGACAGCGUGCUAAAUUUUAUCCCACGAUUUCCCCGAAUCUAGGAAUAAACUGCGUGUUAAAUUUAACCCACCGAGCGAGGUCGAUUAAAUCAUUAUAGGGUGAAAAGUUUGUCAAAACAACCACAACCAAGCUGGCGGACUUACUGUUCCCUUUAAUUAGAAUUGGUCCAUAAAGAGGCGAAAAAAAGUUCUAGCAGCGCGAAUUUGAUCUCCACUAUUUCACUGACAAGGAACUUUGCAGUAGAUUUAGGUUGGCCGAGAUUCAGUAAAUAUGUGUGAGAGAUCCUCAAAGACGAUCGGGCUCCAGAGACAAAUAGACACGGAGAAACCAUGCUCUUUCGACAAGAUUAGAAGUCCUCGUAGCGUUGCAUUGUUUUUGCUAGCAGCAGUUUCCUGCAAAUUAUUUACUCCUCACCUUCUUGACGUUUUUUUUACUUCACUUGUGCCACGACACGCGCAUGACACUUCUUGUGUCAUAUUUUUAAAAGUAGGCAUUCGAAAAACUAGUUAAACAGGUUUAUUUUAGCACUAAGAACCCCUUUUAACCCAUGAUUAGUUAUCCGGGAAAAAUUAAAUGGUGGCUUAACCGCUAAUGGAGGGCAUUCUAGGAACCUCGGCCGGCCAGGCGUUUGGAGAGUCUCAGAGUCUGGUUUGUAUCCUCCUCUGGGAAGGAACAUUGGCGCAUGAAACGGCUGGUAAUCAAGCCUGUUAUAAUAGUGGUAAAAAUGAAAAAAAAAUCGCUUGUUUCGUUUUGUAAAAUCUUAAGAAAUAAAUAGUACUAUGCAAAAAUCUGCCAAGGAAAUGGCAACACCAGAGGAUUUCAUCCACAGAUUAAAAAGUUAUAACUACGUAGUAAAUAAUUAUUACCAUGUUAAAGUACUGUUGAAGGGGUUUCAUUUCAAUGGUGACACCAUAGGAUUUCAUCCACAGAUGUAGAAGUUAGAAUAACAAAUCAACUCAGCAUAACGUGGUGUACCUAGGAUUGAUAUGGUGAACAACUUAUUGUGGACUGGUGGGGGUAGGCAGGGCUGUCGAGAGGGGAAAAAGAAUAUUGAAAUCAAACGAUAUUUUUCUAUCGGAAAUCUAUACCCAUCGAAGAUUGAUAUCGAUUACUAACGAUUGUUGUCGAUUAUUGGUUUAUCGAUCGACUACGCCUGGAUUAUUUAAAAGCAAUUUAAGCGGACUUAGCUGCACAGGCGAUUGCUUAUAAUCCUUUUGCUCUGUUAUUCUAUUGUUUUUAUGAAUCUUCAAGGGGUCAUGGCAGUCCAGUUCAUUUUGUUUAAUUUUGCCAAUUACUCGCCAUCAAUUACUACGGAAAUUAAAGUAAGCAAAGAAAUUACAGGAAUAUGACAAAAUCGGAGAUCCGAGACAAACAAAUAUGCCUCCUGAACAUCAAGUUUGAAGUUGCAAGCAGCAGGGAUCAACUUUGAAAAACUUUUAGGCUGAACAGUUUUCAAAAACCUUAAUUUCAAUCCGUUUCAAUCUUCUUCAGUUUUGCCCAUCCGUGGCAUCUGUUGUUUCUGUUAUGUUAUUUUAACCGUCCUUUAAAGUUUUAAGCUGUUGUUUUUAUGUUUCUCUUAAUUUAACGGGCAUUUUGUAAUUUCCUAAUUUGGCGGAAUUUCGUGGCACAGCUCCUUUCAUCAUUUUGGGGGGUACGCACGUGCGUCCUGGCAUGCAGGUAGUGACGCCUCUGAAACUGAAACUCUGUCACGUCACCAUGGUUUUUAUACACUGGUAUGAAUGUUUGUUUUCAGUUGGAUGACCUGGGUGCCCUGUGCGGUCUGUUGCCUGAUAUGACACCAUCUGAGACUGAACUACAGACUGUUUGUAUUCUGCUGUCAGGAAUUGGUAAAACACAGGGCGAAGGUCAGUAGACAGAGUACUAACAGUUCCCAAUAGACCCUUCAGCGGGUCAUUUGGUGAAAUUCCGUCAACUCGGCUGAGAAGAGUGCCUUUAGUUAACAUUGGAUGCUUUCCAUUGUGUCAAAAUCUUAGGAAAUUUCGUUCGAUAUAUAAAUGAAACGCUUCUGUUCGCAUGGAAAUUUGCCGGGCAAAGAGGUCCACCUCCAAGGGUGGGCCUAUUCGACCGGUCGGUCCGAUCCAACCGAAAUUUGCCCUUCCAUUUCCAAAGAUUCUCGUUUUCGGUACAACUUUGCGAAGCAGUAAUCAAAAUUUCGGUCGAAACCCAAAUGGUUCGUUUCAAUUCGAUUGAAAACUUUGUUUCAAUCAAACAACGUCCUUUCAUUUUCUUUUGAUAAUUCCACUGGUUUCUGACUGUUUGAUUGGGCAAAAUGAAAGGCACCCUUAGUAAACUUGCCAAGUUUAAAAGUGAUACGUCUAAAGCGAGCCAAGAUGUGGUUCCCCAAAGUCGCGAAAUUUUAGAGACUUACAAACGUCUGUAAAAUUGUGCGAGUUUGCGGAGUUUUAUCUUCGACAAAUCACUCCCAAAACUUGACUAUUUUAGGCUCUCUUUUCAGCCAUGGCGAUGGAUUUUCACUAUCUGGCCCAUAUCUGAAGUUGUAAAAACCGUGGAAGGGUCUAUUGUCAAGUUUAAGCGAGCCAUAAGAAACGGGGAACCUAUGACAGCAGACAAGGGAUUAGAAUUAUAGAUCCUUUUGGCCUAAACCCCUUUUCGUUUUCAUUUAAAAUUACUGAUAAAUGAAGGCUUACUUUCUUUCAAGGAAAACGUAACGCAAGGGAGUAAGCCUGAAGCCUGAACACUUAACUUUUACAACUUCAACCAUAUCCAUUACUCUGGAUACAGCAAUGGCUGCCGACAAUCGUAAUUUUCAUGGUUGUUUUAUAGAGUUACGAAACAGUAAAAACUGAAGCCAUUCCUAACCAUCAAAUCAUUCCUAUAACGCCAACCCUGUACACCAGUGUGAGGCCUUAAAACACUGUUCUUAGCUUAAUCGCAGCUCUCUUCCUGCUUUUUGUGUUUCGGUGUUUUUCCUCAUAUUUAAAAGGGAAACUUUGGUGAAGGCACCUCUCUCUCUAGUUCCCUCUAUUUUUCUUUGCUCUCCCCAGUCCUACUAAACUUUCACUCGCCCCACCCAAAAGGGCUGCUUGCACAUCACAGCCAAUUGUAACGCUUUUCAGUCGUUGUAGGUAUAGCUGCUAUCAAGGUGCUGGUGGCUGGGCCGUUGAAAAAAUGGUUGACAGUUUACCAUACAAACAUGAAUUCUUUGUGCUACUGACAAACGUAUAUAACAGAAUUUUUCGCUAUAAGAGCCCAAAUAGCUGUUGUUUUUUGUAUUGAUGGUUAUUCUGACAAGAGUAUAAGUCAAUUAAUUAAUCGAUGUGGUUUAGUUAUUUCCAGUAUUGUCAGGUGGUUGUUGAUAAAAUUUAAUUUCCAGUUUGUUGUUUUGUAGAAGAACUUGAGCCCAGGAGCCCAGCUAAAAGACUUCAAGAGGCUCUAUCAUCAAGGCGUGCCUUUGAGUCCCUUUAUUUGGUGAGGUGUUCAGCAUGGUGUUAUUCUAUUUUACCGGAGUUGGUUAAAGAAUAGGAAGUUAACAUUACUGCAGUGAUUUUGUUACAAAUAGUUAUGGUGAGUCCUGGGACUCAUUUUGUGAAAAAUCGUGAGUCCCAGUCUAGAAUCAGUGAGUCCCAGUUAAAAAAAAAAAAAAAAACGAAUCCGAAAUUGAAAAUGCUUUGGCCUUCAUGUAACCAGACAGUUAAUCUGCAGAGAAUUCCAAAACUCUUUACUACAGUAUAUUGAAAUUAAAAUAUUGUCCUUCUACUUUAAAGCACAACAAAGGCUAAGGAUUUGUAUGCGUCCGGGACGCAGUACGCAGAGGUAACAAAAUCACUGUUAUAGUAAAGUCUCCAAACACUCAGAAAGUUUUGGGCAGAACACCCUGCACACGUGAUCCCUGCUAUCUGUCUGGCGUACCUCGCCAUUUCUUUUGAUAGCGUCUCGGAAGUAGGCCCGAUUACCAGCUGCUGUUUGGGAAAUGACCCCGCGCUCCGUCCCGAAAAGACUCUUCUCGGCACAGAACAAGACCCGACCCGAGAGUGCGGCGGCAAUCGACCCUAACCGGAAGGAACGCGUGGCAAAACCGUAACAACGUCUGCGUGGAAGACUAGUCCUUUGAUAUCCCACGUGGUGAAAUCAUUCAACCGAUAUCCUGAUAAGUCAUAAAAGUUGUUCUAAAAUUGCGGAAUAUUUAUUUAUCGUUUUGUCUUCAAGAGAAAUGCCUCUUUUCAAGGUAUAAGCUCGUUUGAAAUCUGCGGAUUCGAUCGAGGUAAAGAGAGCUGGUUAUCGUAGUACAAAAGCAAAGUUAUGAUGCCACCGUUUAGGAAUAUUUAAGUUUGACCCCCCUGAUUGCUCAGUACUCUUUUAUGUGAGUUUUUCACGACUUGAGGACAUAUUUUUCAUUGAAAUUAAUCACACUUGCUGUCUGAUUUGUUUUGCAGGAAUUAACAGAGUUAGCAAUUUCAAUCUAUAAGAACAUCGGACGAUACAGAGCUGCCAGGUUUCUAGGGAUGGAUCUAGCUCAGUUUUACUCGUAAGUACCACGUGAUCACUUUCGGGCGUAGAUCUUUAACCCUUUCACUGUCAAAUUUAGCCAAAGGCAAAUCUCGACCAAUUUCCAAGUUUUAUUUUGUAAAAUUUUGGAAAAUAAAUAGCGCCAUGUGUAAGUUCACGCAGAGAGCUUUCAUUUGAAUGGUCACAUCAUAGGAUUUGGUCCAUAGUCUCAAAAGCUAGAGUCAGUUUACAAAACUCUAUCAAACACUCUGGCAUUGAAAGGGUUAAAGUCAUACUGGUAGCUGAAAUCACUGAGUACGAGAAACUGAGGCCCCGUACUAUUAACCCCCUUGGACAGCUGUUUGAAGAGUUUUUUUACGCGUUAUUAGUAUCAGUUAACUAAUACAACGGCCACCUUGGGGACUGGAGAAAGUGGCCGUUGUAGAGAGAUUUUAAACAAGAGUCAAUGAAUGCAUUUUUUAUCCGCCGGGACGAGAAAAGUGGCCGUUGGCGGAGGUUCGACUGUACUUCAGUUUAAGUAUCUUUCAUGAGAACAAACUGGUACUCCUUGGACUGUUUUAUCAAGUUAAAUCGUUUACAUAUCUAAAAAAUGUUUCCUUGUCAGUAAAAAGGGAGUUAGAAAAUUGGGAACAGGAACGCGAACGUCAAAAGCAGUAUAUAACGUUAAUUUUGCACGUCCGUCGUACUUUUUGGUUAACUCCUUUCUUUUAAAGUGUCCUGGUACGUCAUUUUAGGCGGUGUUACAUGACAUGAUUUUCAACCGCGAUCUUUAGGGAAACAAUGUUGGAACAAUAUAAUGUUGCAACAGUUUUAGACAACGUCGCAGCAAUGUUGCAACGCUGUGAUGCACAGGAAAUCCUCAUUGCGAACCACCUCGUGUAACAUCGCAAAGUAGCCCGUUUCAUUUCUUUCUCCUUCUGAACUUGGAUACGGUUUUGAUAAUUCAAUUCCGGGAGAAUUCGGCUGUUUUCAACAAGUUGGUUGAGUUGAAUUAAUGACGAUAAAAAUGAAAAGAACGCGGCGAAAUCAAUUUGCAAGUACGGUUUGCACUGCCGUUGCCGUUCUGUAUCUUAAAGUCCCAACAGACUUCUCAAGGAAAACUUGCUACUGUAAAUAAGAUGUGCUGCUAACAGGGAAAAUCAGUAUUUAGCGGUAUUGUGUUUAAGCAAGUAGCUUCACUUACGGACAUAAUGCUUGAGAUUUUGUUUGUCCGCAAAAUGCAUAAUUAUCGCCCCCUUUCACCCCACUUCUCUGCAUAAAAUAGAAUUUAACGUAGAAGUUAAUUUACCUUGUUUUCGAUGCGCAUGCGUCCCCUCUGAUAUUUUGAUUGGUUACAUUUCAUCCCACUUGGCUUGUCGCCUCAUAUUGAGCAAAAUCCCUGUGUGAACGAAAGGACGUUGCUCUGGUUUUCCUUCAAUACGCAUAAAUCUUUCGCCUUUUACUAAAGAUUUCCGUGGAGGAGAACAAGUGGAUGAGUCUAUAGACCAAUUUUUCAAUGCCCUGCCUUGAGGCGGGGCUCCUUUCCGCAAACGUAACAGAGCAAAUCCAUCAAACAUCCAUAUUACCAACUAUAUACAGUGAAAUUUCCAUUAAGCGGACACCCUCUAUUAAGCGGACACUAAGCCGGAUCCCGAAAUUAACGUCUUAUAUUUCCCUUUAUGACGAAUCCCUAUUCAGCGGACACCUCUGUUAAGCGUACACGGACACUAAAAUAAAUUGUAUUUGGCGAAUUUUUAUUGUUAAAAACCUCUAUUAAGCGGACACCGGACUAAAUUGACAAUAGUAGCAUUCGAUUUCUUCCUUGAAAUACGUACUGUAAACUGUAGGUUAGACCGAUAUUCGGCCGUAUAAUUGUCAUGGCGACCAAAGUUCACCUAAAAGUCUUACGCAAAGUACAGCACAGCUUCCUUAGCUUCCUUAACAACAUGGAACUUUAUCACAGUACAGAGUAACCGUUGAAUGUUGAUCGUUAACAAACAUUGCACAAUUUUUACAAACCUUUAUUUAGCGGACACCCUCCAUUAAGCGGACACUUGGGAAGGUCCCGACCGCUUAAUAGAGGUUUCACUGUAUUACAGAGUUAACGUAACCACGAAGGCGAUGACAGCUAUUUCGAAAACUUCAAUAAUUCAACCAAUUUAAUUAUCUCUGCAAGAAGACCGAGAGAUUGACAAAUGAAGAAGCCAGAUUAGGACCGGGAAGAAUUCAACAUAAAACUGUAAAACUUUGAUUGUUUAGACAAUUAGAGUCUCUUUAAUGCGCAUGCGUUCUCAUUAAUUACAUGGUUCUAUUUCGUCCCACAUGGCUCGCCGCCUCACAUUGGACAAGCUCUCUGUCUGGAAUACCAUGGGCAACUCUGGUUCUCCUUCAAACACGCACAAAUCUUUCGCCUUUUACUAAAGAUUUCCGUGGAGGAGAACAAUUGAAUGAGUCUAUAGACUAAUUUUUCGUUGCCCUGCCUUGAGGCGGGGCCCACAACCAAAUCAACUUAUUUUUCUACUGUUCUCAGUGGAGGGACAUAUGCCGAGCUUGAAACCAAACAAAAUAGCUCAAUUUUUUGAUUACAGGGGAAGGAGUCAUUACAAAUUAAUUUACGGUUAACUAUGGUCAAGGCGUAACGCCGAAGUUUUUAUGCGACAACCCAAACUGAGUGAGUUAAGUUCAUGAUGAGUUCGACAUCUGUCUCAGUAAAGUUCGUUUGACUGAAUUUGGAUCGACAAACAUGUUUUAUCCAUGCGCCUCAGAGGAAGGGAACAUUGUAAAGGUCGUCUCCGGGACCCGGGCUCCGGGACGAAGGUCAACCUUCUCAAGAGACGAACUCAGUUGUAAAUACAUUUAAAAUUUUUAUGAUAAAGUAUGAUAAUUUGUGCGGAAAAUUUAAAUGUAUUCGCAUUAUAAAAACAUUUUUUACUGAUCAUUCACUGCCAACUUGUACGUUUUAUUGCUCGGCGGUCCUUCCGAGUCAGCCUACCGAAGCAAUCGCGCAAUCGUUUUUAAUAAAAUCCAACUAGUGGUCUAUUAUAAAAGCUGCAUUCUGAUUGGAUGAGCUACUACAAGGCUAUAUGUUAUAGUCCACUAGUAGCGAAAAGCUCCGGCUUUGCAAACCAAAACAAUGGCGGCUGAAUCGCGUUUUGCUAGCUAAAGUUGUUUUGUCUCGAUAUUUUUGACCAACUAGUUGGAUUUUACUAAAAAAAUUAUUCCUCUCGUCCUCAUGGCCUCUGAGUCAAUAGCCCAUGANAACGCAAAUUUCCCUCCGUAGAUAAGCCCCUCCGAAUAUAAGCCCCUCCAAAAAUAAGCCUCUCAAAAAGGGCCUUUGAAAAAUAUAAGCCCCGGGGCUUAUUUUCGGAAUUUUACGGUAUUUCAUUUUCAAAUUUACCUGUCCGACCGCCAGUUCUGACUUUUGGGUAAGCGUCCUUUCUUGUUGUUAACUGUUAUAUAACACUCCCUUGAACACCUUGCGUUUCUCCGGUGAGGUUAUUUAUGAGAGAAAUCAUUUAUUCCUUUCCCGGCAAUGAACCUUAAUGAGCCCCAGAUACGCGGCGUCAUGCGCAGUACUGGCAUGUGAGAGGCACUUGGCUCCUGAUAAGAGAUCUUACUACACUCAGGAACUUUUACAGGUCAUGCGUGAAACAAUGGAAUCAGGUAGGAACAGCUGAAAACAUAGGGAUCUUGCUAUACCUUGAAGCUUUUCAUUGGGCGAUAGAAAAACAAUAGACACAGCCUCGUUCAUUUAUUAUGCAAACAGCAAUGUCAUCCAUUUCGUGCACACAGUUAGGAGACACCUUUAGAGCCAAUUAGUUAUACGGAGUUUUAGCCCGUGUUUAACAAAACCUGGUUCUAAGCCAUUUCCAUUUGCCCAAGACGCUUUUAUCUAGACUUCUUUUUUCUGAAUUUGAAUAAAGCACAUAGCGUAGUCUGUGAAAGCACUUUCUUUCUUAAAUUAACACUGUAGCAGUACAAAGAAGUACAAUGAAGCUUCCCGGUCGGCCUUUUUUUGAGAAUACGCGAGAAAACUUUAAGUUAAUUCUCGUCCUUGAAUCUAAAGGUCUCUCAUAUGAAUAGAGUCGAAACAUAUGGGCAUAAUAGAGAGCUUUAGAUUCGAGGACGAGAACUACUAGGAGUACGAGAUUUUCUAAUACUAAGUAGCGCCCGCACGUGAAUCAGCGUCAUUUUGGCGGGAAACGUGGUAGUCGUCGUCAUUCUACUUCGAGUUUUAGCGUGAAUGUCGUAGUGGCGGAAAGAAGUUCUCAAAGGUUAGAAGUUUUAUCAUUUUGCGAUCCGGAGACGGCUUAACUUCCUUUAAUAAAGAUAACAGUGCUAACUUUUAUUGUGAUAUCAAAAGGACAAUGAAGCUUUCUGGAGUGUGCAUUUUUUGAGAAUACGAGACAAAACUUUCAGUCAAAUCUCGUAAUCGUAGUCAUUUUCAUUUUAGAAACUUUUUUCACAAUGCGAUUGUAAACCUUGGUUAGUCCCAUUACUUAGCUGAAAGUUUUCAGUCCACUACUGAGCGGCGAAGCCGCAAAGCGCGCGCGAACUAGCGCGCGCCCAAUCUCCUCGUAGCUUCACUGCCCUUUCCCACCUUCGCCCUCCUUGGCUUGUUUAAAACAAUGGCGGCUGAAUCGCGUUUUGCUAGCUAAAGUUGUUUUGUCUCGAUAUUUUUGACCAACUAGUUGGAUUUUACUAAAAAAAUUAUUCCUCUCGUCCUCAUGGCCUCUGAGUCAAUAGCCCAUGAGGCCUUCGGCCUCAUGGGCUAUUGACUCGGGGCUCGAGGAAUAAUUGUUAAUUAGUCGUCGAUUUUGUAAAAGGAAAGUAUGUUGUGCAGUAUUACGAAGCAUACAGUCAUGAAUGGGACAUGCCAAUGUGUCUCUUCCAUCCCGGUUUCCGUAUUAUGCGGUUUAUUCAAUAGAAAAUAUUUUGAGAUUUUCGUUUGGCAAACUGGAAAACUGUCCGUUUAAAAUGGGUUUCCGCAAAGCUGUACGACUGUAAAAUGUUUCGCGCCAUAAAAUGUCUUUGUUUUGAACUCAGGCGAUGUUCGAUGCUGAGUAAUUUUGGGUGUUUGACACAGCGGUCGAACUCAACUCAAUUAAGGUCGACUCAAAUGAUAAUUUGGUUCGUCUCAUGCCGGAAAAGUCCUCAACUCUGGCCCAUUUCUAUCUUAUAAGGGACUCUCCUAUAAGACCGACAGCUCCCCAAAGCAGACAACUAGAGUUGGUAUCUGGCUUGAGUUAGUCGUUUUGUUUCACUGUUAAGGCAGAUACCCCAAAGAGGCACCCCUUAAGAUAGUUUUGGCAUUAAUGUUUUUACUCGCCACAUUUUUGUGGUAAUAAUGCCCUUUGUUUACCCUCGGCAGUAUUUGUAGCACCUUUGCCGGUGGGGCUGAGCAAAUGCCUGAAACAAAUAAUUUAAAUAAAACUUAAAAGGGUCAGGAAUUCCAACUGGCCGGGGGCAAACCAGCUGGCUAUUUGCAAGCGUGGCCGAGGAUUUGAACUUGGGACUACCGUGAACAAAUCCAGCUAGCGGUCAGGGCGGGACUUGAACUCGGGGCCUCCGAAUUACAAGUCCAGCGCUAAAACCGCUCGGCCAAACCUGCCCCUAUAAUUAAUGAUUUGUUAUUGGUUUGUUACUAAUUAAUAUGAGUUAUGAUUGAUGUAGAUCCCGAGGAGAAUUUGAACGCGCAGAACCCCUGUUAGUUGAUGCCUAUAAGAUGUAUAAACAUGAAAGAUGGACUCUUCUGGCGACACAGUGCCUAGUAAACCUGUCAAGAUGUCAGAAGCAGUUAAAACACAUGGAUAAGUAUCUUUUUCUGCAAAAAUUAGAAUCAAAACUUUCAGUAUCACAGUUGGGUUCACGUGUAGACAGGAAGGAAAACAAACAGUUUGUUGGUGUUGCGAAUAGUAUACCCUGCUAGCAGUGCUUUUUGUUUUACUUGCUCGAUUUUAGCGUACUGUAAAAAGACUCUGCGUGAAUCGAGAAAGGUCUUUGUUGAGCAUUCGAUGCAUGUUUUUCGGAUACAAUUUUGAACCCAGGCGUAAUAGAGAGGAGAAUUUGAUACGUCACGUUGCCAUGGUAGAAAAAAUUUCUGGAUGACAACAAAUCAAAUCGUCACUUAAAAAGUUGAUUUGCACAGUUUCAAACUUCAUCGAUCUUAUUUAAUUUCAUUUAAUUUGUCAAAUGUCGGCGAAAUUUUCUGGGUUGAAUCCGAAAGGACCGUAUCUAGGUUUAUUGUACUCACCUACUUGAUAAAGCGGGCGAGUGAGAUUAGGCAGGUUUAUGUCGCAGUCGUGCUACAACGGCUAAGAAAUGUACAAAAAAGCAUGAUGCACGUGCACGUGCAGCGGGCUCCGUUAUGACCGUCGGCUUAUCAAUAAACCGAUGUUUGCGAUUGGAAAACCAGUUUGACGAUAGAGGACAAGAUUGACUCACUGUCUAGAAGGUCGAGCUUCGUCGCGUUUAAAGGCUUGACGCAAUUUAGACAUCAGAGCUUUCUUUUCUCUAACCUGCAAACCGCAGACGUAUUUUCGGUCGUCGCUUCUCUCCCUCCGAAGUUUUCGGAAGGCGAAGGCACGAGCGCCGAAGCACGCGGGUCACUAUAAAGACUUGACCGAAGCCUAAGACCGCGCAUGUAAAGUGGUUGGCUCCCAGGGUAAUUUGAGAGCGCUUACCAUUCGAACUGGCUGGUCAGACAAGACCGGUGGUAAAGGAAAUUUCUGCCUGGCUAACUCAGUCUAUUCUUCAAUAGUUUACACGCAAGGUGAAACUCCUAAAAACGUCUACCGUAAAAUUCCGAAAAUAAGCCCCUCCAUGUACAAGCCCCUCCAAAUAUAAGCUCCCCAAAAUCGUAACGCAAAAAACCCUCCGUUAAAUCGCCCUUCCAAAUAUAAGCACCCCCCCCCCGGGGGGCGUGUACUUGGAAAUUGCCCUCAAAUACAAAGUAAAACAAGGCAAAAACGGUAAAUUUCUUUUCAACUAGAAGGCUAGCUCAAUCGAUUUUGAAACGCAAAUUUCCCUCCGUAGAUAAGCCCCUCCGAAUAUAAGCCCCUCCAAAAAUAAGCCUCUCAAAAAGGGCCUUUGAAAAAUAUAAGCCCCGGGGCUUAUUUUCGGAAUUUUACGGUAUUUCAUUUUCAAAUUUACCUGUCCGACCGCCAGUUCUGACUUUUGGGUAAGCGUCCUUUCUUGUUGUUAACUGUUAUAUAACACUCCCUUGAACACCUUGCGUUUCUCCGGUGAGGUUAUUUAGGAGAGAAAUCAUUUAUUCCUUUCCCGGCAAUGAACCUUAAUGAGCCCCAGAUACGCGGCGUCAUGCGCAGUACUGGCAUGUGAGAGGCACUUGGCUCCUGAUAAGAGAUCUUACUACACUCAGGAACUUUUACAGGUCAUGCGAGAAACAAUGGAAUCAGGUAGGAACAGCUGAAAACAUAGGGAUCUUGCUAUACCUUGAAGCUUUUCAUUGGGCGAUAGAAAAACAAUAGACACAGCCUCGUUCAUUUAUUAUGCAAACAGCAAUGUCAUCCAUUUCGUGCACACAGUUAGGAGACACCUUUAGAGCCAAUUAGUUAUACGGAGUUUUAGCCCGUGUUUAACAAAACCUGGUUCUAAGCCAUUUUCAUUUGCCCAAGACGCGUUUAUCUAGACAUCUUUUUCCUGAAUUUGAAUAAAGCACAUAGCGUAGUCUGUGAAAGCACUUUCUUUCUUAAAUUAACACUGUAGUAGUACAAAGAAGUACAAUGAAACUUCCCGGUCGGCCUUUUUUUGAGAAUUCGCGAGAAAACUUUAAGUUAAUUCUCGUCCUUGAAUCUAAAGGUCUCUCAUAUGAAUAGAGUCGAAACAUAUGGGCAUAAUAGAGAGCUUUAGAUUCGAGGACGAGAACUACUAGGAGUACGAGAUUUUCUAAUACUAAGUAGCGCCCGCACGUGAAUCAGCGUCAUUUUGGCGGGAAACGUGGUAGUCGUCGUCAUUCUACUUCGAGUUUUAGCGUGAAUGUUGUAGUGGCGGAAAAAAAAUCUCAAAGGUUAGAAGUUUUAUCAUUUUGCGAUCCGGAGACGGCUUAACUUCCUUUAAUAAAGAUAACAGUGCUAACUUUUAUUGUGAUAUCAAAAGGACAAUGAAGCUUUCUGGAGUGUGCAUUUUUUGAGAAUACGAGACAAAACUUUCAGUCAAAUCUCGUAAUCGUAGUCAUUUUCAUUUUAGAAACUUUUUUCACAAUGCGAUUGUAAACCUUGGUUAGUCCCAUUACUUAGCUGAAAGUUUUCAGUCCACUACUGAGCGGCGAAGCCGCAAAGCGCGCGCGAACUAGCGCGCGCCCAAUCUCCUCGUAGCUUCACUGCCCUUUCCCACCUUCGCCCUCCUUGGCUUGUUUGCUCGCCCGACCAAAACCACCAUGCUACGCAGGCUAAAGCUUGGUUGACAAGUCAGUGUGGAUAUUAGGAACAUUUGAAAGUGCAGUGGAACCUUGAUAUAACGGAGGACUAAGAGACUGGCAAAAUUUGUUGGCUGUAAAGAGGUUUCGUUAUAUCAAGGUUCUUUUCCAUAUAUUUUACUAUAACUGGAGCGAAAAAUGUCGCUCGUUGUACACAGAACGUGGUUAUUAGGCAGCCUAGUCCCCAGGCGGCUCGGUCAUUCCUGAACUCUACCAUGAGCUGUGACGAAGCUUUGACGUUACCGAGAGAUACUCACCCGCUCUCUCCCAGACUUCGCGCGGACACUGGAUCAAGAGAGAACGCCUAGGGACUAGCCUGGUUAUUCAGAUGUUCGUUGUAUGGAGGUUCCACUGUCGUGCAAAACGAAUUUUAAUCCCCGUAGAACCGCAAACGCAACUUCAAGAGGUAUUGAUGGGUUGGUUUGAAUCACUUUUCAGCUCAAGCUAUCAUAGUACGUGCCGAGCCACUGCUACGAGUAGAAGAUGUAAAAAUUGACCUUAUGAAGGGGAUUGGUAGCGUAGGAGAAUGCAUCAAGGUUAAACUCAAGUUGUUUAGUGCUUUGGAAGAGGUGAGUUUUCGUGCAAAUCCUCGAUUCUUACUCUCGAAGUAAAAAACAACAAAAAUGCAGGGUACAGCAUGAGUAAGAAAGUCAUCUCCCCUAAACGGACACAUAGAGUAAGUACCUGCCGUUCUUCAGUCGUUUUCUUUAACUCCAUAUAUGAUUGAAACCUCUCUAAGACAAUGUCGGGCCAAAGUAGACUGUUAACAGUCCCCUAUUUUUUCGUAAGAUCGUCGGUAUGGAACACCCACCCUUACGGGUGACCAUCUUGGUUUCAAAGGUACCGAGUCUACUUAGCGGGUGAGGGAGACCCGUUUGGGAGGAAUUUUUUCGGAUCCCUUCCUGCAGCGAUUAAAACACCGGGGCCUGCCCCCUCUAUACAUUUGAAACAAGGUUACUGGUAAGCCCUCGAUCCUGACGAUCUUACUUAAAAACGAGGACUGUCUGUCUUAGAAAACUGUUUGUGUACGGAAACAAGGUAGCUAUGAACGAUCUCGGGAGUCCUAAUGGAUUGAAGUCACGCUCAGUAGGUAAGAGGUAGGAAUGCUACCCCUGUAAAGAAUUCUAGGAAUUCACUUUACUUUGCUGAGGUAGGCGUUGUCUUGAGAAUCAGUAUAAGAUUCCAGGAAACGUACGACCUAUCCCUCCCUAAACAAACAUUUUUACCUAAGGAAAAAGUUAGUGUUAACGUUGGGUUAGGAGAGGGGUAGGUGGGACAAUAUCCUAGUAUGUUAUUUGUCUUGAUCUCUCUUUCCUUGCAGGAGGUCACCUGUGGACGCAUCAGUUUCAGUAUUCAAACAAACGAACUCAAACGUGUGGGCAGCGUGCGCUCAAGCAGAAGAACCCGUGCCGCAUCUCCGCCCGUCGUAGUUGUGGAAAGCGGACUCACAUCAGCUGCUCUGUCUGAAGAGGACCUAUCUGAUAAACCAGAGGGUCAAGCAACAGGUAAUAGUCAUGAGUUGCUGCGGAUUUGUUUCACAGUUGGACUUUGAAUUCGCGGUCUUGAAAUGAUAUUUCUGGAGAGGCCAUUUGACGUGUUGUUUCUUUACGCCCUGAUCUACAUUAAGCCCUGGUAGGACUCGAAAAAAACAUUGAAUUCUACCUUGUCCUUGGGGCAAGCAUCUCUCACGUUUUGCUUGCCCGGGGUAAAUUCCUGUUCGUCUUAGUUAAUGAUUUUAUUAAAGGAUGACUUGCCUGGAGCCUUGCCCAUUGGGCAAAUGAUCUUUAAAACUGUUAGUUGCCCAGUAAGAAAACCUACAAGUCCCGGACUACCCUACGGGCGUUUUUUUCUUCCUGCUCGGCUUAGUUAAUGAUUUUGCUAGAGGAUGAGUUGCCUGGACCCUUACCUAUUGGGCAAGUAAACUUUAAAACUGUUACUUGCCCAGCAAGAAAAUCUACUAGUCCCGGAAUACCGUGCGGGCCUUAUUUCGAGCCCUGGCCUGAGACAUUUCUGAAGAAACGAGAAGACCUCUAUGCAGCUUUAUAGCUGAAUUUCAAAGUAAUUUAAGAAAAUGAAAAAUACUUGCUUCGUAAUAACUGCACUGUAAUACAAUAUUAUGAAUCUUUAAAAAUCUGCUGUGAUUGAAACGUUCUAAGCGCCUUGUUGUACACAUCUGACGGUCACCAGGCAGAGCAUUGUCUGACCCAAGACUGCUGGUAACUCUGCGGGGCAAUGAGCUCUUCUCUGUUCCAGAAAAAAGUAGAGGGAUGAUUACCACUUCUGAGCCUAUUUACAUAGACCAGUCAGUCAUAGUUUCUUUGCCUUGAGCUUCGAUUUAAUUUUGUUGGUUUUUGGGGGAAGCAAACAGAAAGCAAGCAAGUUAUGUAGCUUAUUUUACGGUUACUAUCUUUGCAGAGGAAGAAGCAGACAGCAACGGAGCUGAAAUGCCACGGCCACCUCUCCCUACACCUAAACCAGACUCCAAACCAGUAGUGAAGAGUGUAGAAGAUUUGAAUGUGUUGCCUGAUGUUGACUCGGACUGUUGCUUGCAGUGCUUUAAUGCUCCACUCAGAUAUGGCAUCAAUGAGUACAUUCUUACAGCUCAGGUUUGUAACACUUACACCGUUCCCGGCACUUGACGUGCUUUGUGUCUCCCAGAACACGCCCAAAUGAUUCCACUAUCCUUAAUACUCCACUGAGCUUCUGGUUAGAGAUAGAUAAAUCAAACUGAUUAAAACUCCUCUUCUUUUUUUAAAGGAUUUUUUAUGUAGAUGUCGUAUUGAAGGUCAAUUUAUUAAUUUAGUGAAGAAAGCUCACGUUGCAGAAGCCUUAAGGUUUCCUCUAAGAAGUGAUUAACAUUCCAUGAAUUUUUGAUCGGUUAAAUGACCUAAGAAAGCUCACCACGCAGAAAGCCAAAACAAUGUAAUCUUUGACGUUCUUCUUCUUCUUCUUUUUUUUUUUUUCACAGUUGGCCGAAAUGGGGCAUUACCAUCUAAAACAGCUCUGCGUAGAGAUUGGGAAACUGGAUUUUGUGUGGCCACAGCUUUCUUUGUCAAGAGAAUCCAGAGGAUUCGCAAUUGUGGCUGAUCCUCCGCGAAUACGGUGGUCUCAUGACAAAGGUUUGUACAUAUUGUCGGAGCGUAUUCACUCUUGCCAUCACGACCCGGAAAUGUUUGUUCCCUUUUUUUAGAGAAUUCUUCAAAACUGUUGUUUUCGGGCUGUACUUUUAUGCUUGGUUUUCACGUAAUCGUGCGGAUCGUCUAGAAUCCCUCGAGUUUUUGGGGAAGAUUUGGACAAUCCGGACCCAAAGAGUGACCAACAUCAAUUUUCUCCUAACAAUAUCCACACAUUAUUAAAAGUAGAGGUUAUGGGAAUUAAUGAAGUGAUCGACAAUGGCAAAAGGCUUUUAUUUGAUAUCAAAUUCUCUCAACUACCUCAUUUAUUCCAUUAAUUGCCCUGGGCACUUAUGAAAUUUUUUGACCUCCAAAGUGGUUGCUUAUUCGGGGCUGGGCGCUUAUUAAAUUUUCUCCAUUUUCAGCAAGAAUAGUAUGUUUAUUUUGCAACAAAACAAUAAAUGGUAAUAACAAAACGCGAAGAUGUAACAAAGCAAAGUUUCUGUAAAAUCAAUAGCCUGAAGAAAACUACAUCUUCGGGGAAGUCUCUUAUUAGUACUUAUUCAAUUUUUUUUGGGUCGGAGGUGGAAGGGGAGCGAGGAGGGGGUGGGCGCUAACUAUUUCUGCCUUUAGGAUGGGCGCUUAUUCGAAUAAAUACGGUUAUUUCUUUAAGGAAGUGUGUGGAGGUCAGCUUGGAGAAUUUGUACGUGGGUAUAGGGACUUAAAUGAGUAAAAAAUUCAGUUCUUUCCAGGCGCUUGUGAUUACCCCAAUCGUCCAUAUUAUCAAUUGCCUCUGUCGUCUUAACCCUGGCGUGAUCAAUCGAUACAAUUAAUAAUCGAUAGUAUUCGACAACGGUCGAUAACAAUUCAUUAAUUACAUCGGAAAUCAAGGGAUAUCCUCGUAACAUAGCUCCUUUAAUCAAGACUAUUUAACUUCUUUGUUUAACAGAGCUUCAUCUCAUCUCUGGCCUUCCUCAGCAAGUUACUUUGAGCAUUUCAGUUGAACCUGGCUCUAUAGCGAGUGGUUCAGUUCUGGAGAUCACCUCUCAGAAGAGGGGGAUCACGUUUGAACCCAUUCACUCAGGCGAGGCCAUCAUUCAAUCUUCAAUGGACCAAGAAAACAAAACAAGUGCGCCUUACAGCGUUCAAGUGCUUGCCGUGCACGGAGAUGAUGACGUAGCAGAUAUCUCAGUUGCCAUGGUUACUUUACCAGCAAUUGGACCCUAUGCUAAGAUUGAUCUAAAGUUAAUUAUUCAGGCGCCUUUAGAGAAGCAAAGUCUUCAGGAAGAAGUUACCGAAUACAAGGUGGGGUUACCUUUCAUAAUCGUCGAGUUCAGCUGUAUGUCCUUGUAACACAUUAUUAGUUUUUAUUAGUUUUUUAUCAUAAGUUUUUUUUAAUAAAGUUCAGAUAUAACGCGCACUCUGAUUGGUUGAAAAGUGUGCUUUAUGAAAGUAUAAAACCCGGAGCUAAAGCAGUCACGCCAUCUACCAAUAGCUUUUUUUGAAAAUUAGUAAGCGAAUUGCGUUGGAAAUUUAACAGAAACAAAUAAAGAGGCCUUGACUGUGCUCUAUUGUGUUGUAAUACACGUAGAAAGCGGCUAGAGCAUUCACGAAAUAGGGAGAAACACUCGACUACGUCUCGUGUUUCCCCCUACAGUUCUCUCGUGCUCCAGCCGUUGCCUGCAUGCUUUACCACAGAACAGAGCGCAGUCAAGGCUUCUUUAUUUGUUAAAUAGUCGAGUGUGAUCGCAAUUAAAUUAGAGCUAAUGUGUACAGUGUAAUUCGUAGAAAACGAGAAUAACUUGAGGUGGUGUCCUUCUUUCAAUUAGGCUGGAUCUGUCUUCGAAAACUCCUGUGACCUUCUUUAAGAGUAAAAUUAGAUACAAUCUAUAGCAACUCAGUAUCAAUAGUGACGGACAGAAAAGCUGUCUGUAGUAGGAGUUAGACUACAAAGAAAUGACAGCUCUGAUACUGUUCGGCAUGUUUCCCAGACUCUUGGUUUCUUUGUCAAGAACAAAGACUGAUGUCUACAGUGCAGGCCAAAUUGUUCAAAGGGAGGAUAAUGCUAUCCACUGGUUAAAAAUAUUUCCGCUGGGGAACGCAGUUGGUUUCCCUAGUACUUCACCGCUGGAUUGUGACUUAGCCAGUGGAUAUAGCGGUAUCCAACGUCUGAACAAGUAAGGCCUGACGUCCUGGCCCUGAAGUCUACGGUCGGUCUCCAAAGGUCAGAACUGGCCAGCCAGACCAUGGCCUGACUCUGGCCGGACCAGUCGUUUUGACAAAGCAAUAACCUUUUUCCAAGAGUUUUUACUGAAAAGCCAUCUCCUUCGUACAUACUAUUUAGGAUUUGACUGAUCUGGCUGGAUAGUUUUGAUUAGUAUAGGUAAUAGCAUGAUUUGUAGUGAUAUUUGGCAUAAAUACCACGAGUGAUAUUUCGAAAUUGUUAUACGUAAUUUCGCGAGCCGUUAGGCUAGUGAUUUUUGGGACAAUUUUGAAAUAUCACAAGUGGUAUUUAUGCCAAAUAUCACGUACAAAUCAUGCUAUUAUUUGUUUAUACUACUACCCACUAUAAGGUUUGUAAUUUUCGCAUGUAGGUAUUUCAAAUUAAGCUGAAAUACCACUGCUCUAAGCCAAUCAAAUUGCAGUAAUUUCUCAUGCAGUAGUAUAAAGAGUGAAAUUCUCAUUAAGACAAGAACAGUCUGACCGGUCAGUUUUGACAAAUGGAAAGCGCCCUACGGUGCUGGAUACCCUUCAUGUAUGGUACUCCUCGUUGCCUGUCUUUUUAUUAAUUACAGUCAAUCAAGCCAGGUCAAGCGUACCCUCAAGGUUCCAUUAAUGAAUUUAUUAUUUGAAGAAUACGUUAGUAACCUAUGCCAUUUGAGAACCGCACCACGCAGUGACGACUGGACUGCUUGACUGCGUGAUGCGGUUCGCAAGUCCAACCCACAAAAAUGACCCUUGCUCGCCAACGAGUCCUCAGUAGCUCAGAGGUUAGAGCAUCCUAUCUAGAAUACAGAGGAUCGUGGGUUCGAAUCCCAUCUGCGGACACUCAGAUUUUUUCUGUGUCCUCUUAUGGUUGAUUCUUUACAUCUCCCUUUAUUUCCUUUUUAAUACGUUAGUAGAUGUAGAUAAUUUCCGAUUCAUCUCUGCAUUUCUGCGUGUGUAGUAAGCAGUGAAUUCAUGCGCCAGGUAUUUAUGAAAUUUCUGCCAGCUUAGUUUUCUUGAAUUUGAUGUAAAUGUCUUCAAACAAAAAAAUCACUGCUCAUUACGCAUGCAGGAAUGCAGAUUUGAAUUUGUUACUGAUUGCAGCAACUACUAACAGAUUUAGUUUUCAAAUAAUUGAUUCAUUAAUGGAAUCUAUGGGAGUACGCUUGACCUGUGGCGUGACUGUAAUCAAUUGUCGAGAGAGACUUGUUAUUUCAAUCCUUGCUCAGUGUAUCUGUUAGUUAACUCUCGUUAUUUGUCUUCUCAUUUUUCAGCUUUCAUGUAAUUGUAAGUGGUUGUCUCCCGCGGUUACCGCUGACCUUACCGGCUUGUUUCAUCGUCCAUUUACUGUUCGACACAUACUGCACUCGUCUGAAACCACGUGAGUGUCUCCGUGUUCCGUGUGCUUAGUGGUAUUUGUUGCCUUUAUACGAGGAAUGAAUAAUUGAAGAAUCAGUACUUUAUUGGCUGAGCUGAUUGAUAAACUCAAUCUUUGUCCAUUACUUGUUGAGAAGUACCAUUUUGCACACGCAGAUGCCUGAGUCUGGCCAAUUCUGUUAAGCCAAACUCUGCUUAAUUCAGCUAUAUUUCUCUACAUAUGGGAAAACCACACCUAAGCCGCAUUACUUUCCAUCCUUAAAACUGGUGCUCUGCUCCCUAAUAUAUUUCCUCCCGAAAAUAUGUGGAACAUGUUUAAGUUAAACCAAAGCUUAACUUGGCAGAAGGCAAAAACCGCUCAGUUGGCGGUUAAAAGCGAGCGGUUUUUUCACUUUUCCGUGUUUUUUUACCCUGAGAAAACAGCGAGACAUUUCGACAUGCCACCAACGGUUUGCCCGCGAAAUGGGGUCUGAAGAACGAGCGCAGAAAUUCCAUAUUGAUUAUGUGUCACUAACCUGAUCUGGCGAGUGCCUCUGAUUGGUUGAAGCUAAUUUUCAACCAAUCAGAUGCGCUACCCAGAUUUGGGUAUAAAGGCGUCAUCAGUAUGGAAUUUCUACGCUCGUUCCUCCGAAGUCAUUUCGAGGGGAAACCGUUAGUGACGUCGCAAAAUGUCGGUUGUUUUCUCAGGCUACGUUUUUUGCGCGCCAUGAUAUUUUCAAGGAUUUUUUUGUACAUCUGAAAAAUAUGCUUAUUGUUUGUGUUUUUUACAAACUGUUUGAAAAUGCUUUUAUACAAUGCAAAACUCAACUGAACCAGAGUAAUUCAAUAGCGUUCUUUCUCCGGCCUGGCGUCGGUCGAGUCAAUUAAUGAAGAGUGAAGAUUUAAUUUAAUUACACUUGUUCCAUUGCAGCCGUUUUAUCCAAGUGAUUGUUACUGGUAUAAACCCAGUUGACUUGGUGAUCCAGUCUCCUGAACUGAUUAUCACAAACUGUUCUUCUGUGAAGUUAACUCCCAUGCACAACAAUUCGGAAUACGUGAGUACUUAGGGCCUGUUUACAUGGAGAUGGGGGACCUCAGGUAGGCGAGGUAACCUGCGGUGGGUUACCCCACCUAAGCGGUCAAAUUAAAAUGGGAGAUUAUAUGGACAGGCGGGUUACCCCACCUAAGCGGGUUGCCUCAUCCGCCUGGGGUCGCCACCUCCUUAGUUACUGGUUUGUGUGGAUUUUGAGGGACGCAACGCGGUCCCUUCCUUUAAUUACGCCUGUCUCAGUUUUCAUCACUAAGUUCUGGCCUGAAACUUGGCUUUUAGUUUUAGGCUUUAAUGGUAAGAAAGAGGGGAAAAUCGGUGAGGGCUAGACGUCCCCUCUUCAAUUUUUUCUCUAGCCUGCGAGCACGCUCUCUGUGGCGCUCUGGCGGCGGGGCGGGAAAAGGAAGGAGGACUUGCAACUAUGUCUCUGAAAUUUGAAUAUCUCGCUGCAUAGAAAAGUAGGUGCGAAAUGCUGAUUGGCAAAGGUGACAUUUGUAAUGACGUCAUUAUCCUUGGCUCGUGUUUUUCAAUGUUUGUUUACAGUCGUGCUCGUUUCCGCCUCGCGCUGAUUGGGAGAAAUCUGAAAGCUCAGUCGACAGGGAGCCAGGGGGAAUUGGAGGUGGAAUUCAAAUUCCAGAGACGUAGUAUUUUUUCUCUGGCCGUCUCCUCGCGAUUUAAUCCCCCUUUCCCCAAAUAGAGAGCCAAAAGCCCUGUGUUGGAAGUAUCUCAAUUAUGAACAAGACGCCCUUAGCGCGUUAACUAGGUGAGUACUCAGUAGUCUAUUUACGUGCAUAAAGAAGAACAAAAAGAGCUGUUUCAGUUAUGUUUUUGUCUAAAAGAGGAUGUUCGUAACUAAAAUAGGUCUUAGAAGAUGUAUUGUAUGACCAAAUUUAUGUCUCAUUUGUUGAUUUCUAAAUUGUAGGUCAUCUUUAACCAGCAAGAUAUGUCCUUCCUCUGGAAACUAGAGAGUGAAGAAGGUAAUCAAAAGCGCCCUUUAACACAUUAGUUUAAGAAUUCAUUGCACACAGUUUUAGCUAACUUGCGAUUCCUUUUGCCUUUUUAUCCUUGUAAUUUGCAGGUUCGCCGCCUGAACUUGACUGCGAAUUUAAGACCUCGUUUUUUCCUAAACAAGCCACGGUAAGAAUCUGGAACAUUCGAGAACCAUUCUGUUUUAAAGGUUUGAUUUGUAGCAUAGUUGUCAUCAGGGAUGUUUGAAACUCUCCUUAAUUUUCACGAUGAAGAGUACAAGACAGAACUCUUUUCUUGUUUUCGUGUAAAGGUAAUAUUUUCCGGGCCAGGGGCCCGUUUCUCGAAAGUCCCGAUAAUUAACGGGCCCGCUAAGCUGUUGCCGUUUACAUUAAAGAUCGAGGUUUCAGUAGUUUUGCAUCUAAUAUGAUAAAACUGUCAGUUAAUGAAACAAAAUGGAGUAGUUUUUUUAGCCAGGACCCGCGCUCUUACUCUUUAUAUUUCGAUUUGAAUAUCUUGAUUUCGGGCCCGAAAAGUUACCGGGCCUUUCGAGAAACGGGCCCCUGGUCACGAGUAAUUCUGUUUGUUUUUGUCACAACCUCUAAACUUAGAAUUGGUAAAGUAAAAGUUAUAAUUUACCAAAUCUUGGCUACAAAAGAAACAGAGACUAAUCUGAGCGUUAAUUAAAAUUCGCACUUUCAUACUAAUCGAGAUGGCCUUGAAAAGUGCCUGACCGAUGUUUCUCCAGUUUACCUGAGUGCAGCGAGCUUUAAUCUUCUCCAGUUUUGCCGAUCUAUACAUUUGUUUUGGUUUUUGUAUUUCUUUUAGAUUACUCUAUACUUGAUAUUAUAGUUGGAGAUUAAAAUCAGGUUCUACGAUCAGUCGGCAAAACCUGAAAUCGCUCAAAAUGGCGCGACUUUUCGUUAUCCUUUCUUUUAGCCUGCUUCAGGCGUUUAGAUAGUAGAGCGCGGUAUUGACAUAGCGUCGAACGAGUUAAAUCGUAUGUGGGGAAAACGAGGGGAGACUGGGGCAAUUUUUCGACUGCGAUACUGUCUGAACACCUGGAAAAGGAAACCUUUCUUAUUAGGGAGUUUGAACAGCGACGUUUUUGAGCGACGCAAGUCAACCGGAAGUGAGCCUUUUUCUCUUUAAAUACAGUAAAAACCCACGAAUAAGAACCUAAGAUUUAAGAACCUGUUAGGGUAAAAUUUGCAAUGUAGACCUCCUCUAUAUAAGAACCUCUUUAGCCUAAAAUUUGGAGAAAGGUUCUUAUAAAGAUGUUGUUUGAUUGAGGUCAUUGAGAAAAUGUUUAAAUUGUGUUUUACAGCACAAUCAUGUAUAUAAAGUUGUUUUGACUCAAGAAAUUAAAAUUCAUGAGAGAAUAGAUCUCUAUUAUGGUCAUAUUAAAAUAUAAGCAACAUCAGGUAUGCAAAUUUAAGGGUGCUGAUCACUAAAAUCUUCUUAGCAACGACAUAAUUUUUUGCAAGAAAUGAAGAACCUAUUAAGAACCUAGAUAGCCUAUUAAAAUUUAUGUUAACCACCAUUUAUGUAAGAACCUGUUUAGGCUAACCCUGGAAAAUGUAGGUUCUUACUCGUAGGUUUUUACUGUAUACCUUGACUUUACCAAAUUUGGAUUGUUAAGUGUCUGUAAGAGACGAUUUGUCCAAGAAUUUGUUCAAAAUUACGGCCGAAGAGUACAACAUCUCCACUUCCGGUUGACGUGUGUCACUCGAAAACGUCGCUGCCGAAACUCCCUAGUAUGUGCACUUUAUUUGCGUAUGAAUGUAUUUUGCACGAAAGUGCUAAUUUUGAGACGGGACCGCCAUUUUACGUGGUCAUCCGUGCCACGCGAAGGUUUAACCGCAAAGGCAGUACCUUCGUUUCUCAGUUAUUUUAAAACCCUGAGUAUUGGUCCGUCCUGGGAAUCGAACCCGCAUCCUCCCACUGAACAGUCAAGCACUCUACCGACUGAACUAACCCUGUUGCGGUUUUUUCCGUUUUCUCCUCUUAAUUGCAGGAGAUGUUAACGUGUUCAUCCGAGACGAGUUCUUACCUGUACGAUUUUCAUGUGGCUAACACCCAGGUAAUCAUAUGUAAUGAAUUGCUACGGAGUGGAAUGCUGAAGAUUUCCAGUCUUGCAUGAGUGUCCGUACUAGGCACGCACAUCUGUUUUUGCAAACGUCUGUAAAACUUCCCGAUGCAUACGAUGGCUCGCAAAGUAUAUUUAUGUAUCUGUUCCCAGUUAACGUUUAGGUAACUUUGCUGUAGUGCAAAUGGCAAAAGGAAUGAUUCCGGCGCUCCUUAACACUUUGUUCCCUGAUCUCUUGUUGACAGGAGAUUUGGGCACGAGAUAAGGUAGACUUUCCAAAAGUCCUUUAAAAUUUUUCUUCCUCGUAUCUCGCUUCGCUCGCUUUUUUUUUUCGCCCGGGAUAAGAACUACGUCGACUUGUGGCAAGUCUAGAGAUAAGGGCGCGCGAGGAAAGAACACGUGACCCAUAGCCUACGUUGCAGCCGGCCCACGCCAUUUGUAUAGGGGCGCUUUCCAAAAGUCAGAACUGGCCAGCCGGACCGUAGGCGGACAAAUCAUUUUAACACUGAAAAAUGCUUGUUCAAAACGUUUUUGUCGAAAAACCCUUUCCUUCGGGUAUACUGUUUAAAAUUUGACUAAUCUGAUUGAAUGGUUAUGAUUAAAAGUGAAUUUCUCAUCACGACAGGAAUGGUCUGGCCGGUCAGUUCUGACAAAUGGAAAGCGCCCUAGGUGUAGAGCGUCUGCGACGCAGGCAACCGAAUUCCCCUUCCCCAUCGAAAACCUGCUAGGCCGCUAAAUGCGCGUCUUGCAAGGUUGGUCCCUUUCAACCCUAAUUCACUAAGGUUGUUGACGUCGAUUCGGUUGGGUUUGCCUUUUUGACGAUGGGUUUGCUCAGGUGAGCGACAACCAGGAGCUCGGAAUGCGUUUAAAUUUCCCAUAAACAGGUACCCUGGGUACCAGACGUUUUGGCUCGCGUGCGACGAGGAGCUUCGUCGCCGAAGGCCGACUCGUCUUUGGCCGAAGGCCGAAGACACGAGCGGCGGGUCACUUUUUAAGACUUAGCCGAAACCGGAAACCGCAGAUGAAAAGCCUCUGGCACCCAGGGUAAUAAACAGGCAGAUUUUAGCAAAAACAAAGCAGCGUCCGGUGAGAAUGCGAGAGCUUGCAAAAGGGAUUGAAGGUGACUUCCGGUACUCAAUUUGCGUUUUACCAUUGGCCAGGUCGAUUUUUAUCUGCGCGCGCCUGCGUCACUGGCGUCUCGUUGUCUUUGCUGAAUCUGCCUUUUGCCUUGUGACUGUCACAAAAGGAGAAAACGUCGUGUUUUUUUACAGCCAUGAUACAUUUUUUUUUAUUUUUAGACAUUAUACACCAUAACCUCGACAAUGAAGCCUGCAGUAGAGUCCGGAAAUCUUUUGGCGGGUUCAUCUUGUAAGUUGCACAUAACUUUUACCAGGCUAUCAUCCCACGGAGAUGCAUCCAACAUCCCACGAUUACUUUACGAAGUUGACUCCGACACAAACCUAUGGGCCGUCAACGGACGGAAGCGCGGUGUUAUAGCCAUACCGCAUGUUGCCAAGGCAACCACAGACGUCGUUCUUGAUGUCAUACCACAAACAGGCGGAAACCUAGCAUUGCCGGCGAUAAAGUUAAUGAAGUAUGUUGAAAAAGAAGAUAAGCUGCAGCAAAAGGACUCGAAAGAGGGCACAGGCGCGGAUGCACAGUCAAGCCGCGCAUGCCCACUUGUUUCUCCGUUUUUGUGCGGUCAGGUUUAUAACAGGACUCUUGCUACCCGAGUUCGCGUUUUACCAAACAAUAACACUGAGUCUUCCUGGAUUUAAAGCCAAAUUGUUGUAAGAUGUUCUUGUAAAAGGUGAGCUGCUGUGUUGGAGUGUCCACAUCGUUGCAAUCUAUGGAUUAGAGUUUUUGCGUGGUCAGUUUUACCAUAGGACUCUUAGCUGGUUGAAGCGUUGCACCCGCGUCGCAGUGUUCAGAGUUCGAAUCCCGGCAGUCUGAUUUUUUCAGGCUUUCUUUUCGCAACUACAUAAGUUGCGACUUAAACUGCGGGGAUCAUCUUUGCAUUUAUUUCUUCAUUCCGCGCUUCAAUAAAAUGAAAUUCGUGUAUUCAUCAUUUCACCAAGACCUUUGCUACCCAAGUUCACGUUUUACAAAAUAAUAGUGAACUUACGCAACAGGACGAGAGAGGGAAGAAGACGACAAACCUUGUGUGACAAGCGUGACAUUUUUGUUUGAAAAAACGUUCCGCUAAACUUCACCUUCCUUCAGACAGAUCUUUUUGUAAAACACCAGGUUGAUAUUAAGUGAAGAUCACGACAAAACUUGUAUGUAA